UACCCAUUCCCUGGCCCUAGGGUUUCGUCCUCUUUUAUAUAUUCUAGGGAUUCAGUCUUCCAUCUCCCGCAACCCUAGCAGCAGGAGCAGAAGAAGAAGCUGUAGCAGCAGCCAUGGUGAAGUAUUCGAGAGAACCAGACAAUCCUACCAAGUCCUGCAAAGCCAGGGGUUCCGAUCUUAGAGUCCAUUUCAAGAACACUCGUGAGACCGCCCAUGCUAUCCGUAAGUUGCGUUUGACCAAGGCUAAAAGGUAUUUGGAGGAUGUUCUUGCCCACAAACAAGCCAUUCCAUUCCAACGCUUCUGCCGUGGAGUUGGGCGCACUGCUCAGGCAAAGAACCGCCAUUCUAAUGGACAAGGACGCUGGCCUGUCAAAUCUGCAAAAUUUAUUCUGGAUUUACUCAAGAAUGCUGAGAGCAAUGCAGAUUUGAAAGGCUUGGAUGUGGAUUCUCUUUACGUAUCUCACAUCCAGGUAAACCAAGCUCAGAAGCAAAGGCGCCGCACAUACCGUGCUCAUGGAAGAAUUAACCCUUACAUGUCAUCUCCCUGCCAUAUUGAGUUGAUUUUGUCUGAAAAAGAAGAGCCUGUUCAAAAGGAGCCUGACACUCAGUUGGCUCCUAGGAAAACAAAGAAGACUCAAGCUCUACGGGUGGUGCAUCCUCUUGAACAACAUGGUGGUAGGCUGUGAUUCAGGAACUGCAGUCUCACUCUUUAUCUGUUUAAAUUGGUAGAUUGUGAUUCAUAAGAACAAUUUUGUUUGGCUUAUUUGAAAUUGUUAGGUUAAUCCUCUCUGAGAUAAUAUCAUUUCCUUUUGGAGUUCAUAUGAGAAUUGGAUUUUUAUCAGCUAUUAAACCCUUUUCACACCUUGGAUUUCA